GCUUACCAUCGACCUGCCAAUUUAGACACGCACUGUCAAUUGAGAGUCGAGUUAACCCUCGUUAGCCUUGCUGCGUCUCGACAGCAAAUGUACGAAAAUGCACGACCGAUGAACAAUCCCUGGAGUAUAAAUGUCGAUCGAUCGCGUUCCUAUACGUUCGUCCGACCCUAUCCUCCGACCGAUCGUGCUCUUCUCGAUUUCGUAUCGCGGAUCUUGCACCUUUGCUUCGGCUCUCGCUGCUAAACUCUCUUUCUCUCUCUCGUUCGCUCUACUUCUGUUUCCUUGUUCGAUCGAUAGGUCGCGAGAACGAUCGCGUGAUCGCAACCGACCUCUCGCGAUACGUAGUUUUAUGUCGGUAAACGCUGGACAAGUACCCGUACCUUCGAAACAGCGGUGCGAUCCGUUGGACGAAAUGUUCGGUGCAUUAGCUCGCGACGUGCACGCGUUCGUCACGCCAGUACGAGGAUCCGAACGAUCGUCGGCCCCGUGCCGGUCGCGCUGCGCCGCUUUCCGUCGUGUCACGAUCCUACAUACAAGGUUCGUGUAACCAUACGGCAACUAGAGACUGAAUCGAUCUUUCUUUCGAAUAUCAGGAAUCGUGACGUAACGCGAGCCGAACAAUGACGCACAAGGCGAAUCGGAAUGAAUGCCACAAUCGGUGAUACGAUAGUAAAAGUCGCGUUCUCGAGUACGAUGUUGCAAGCUGGCCACCGCGAUUCCGUCACCGGCCGACCCCUUUGUCGUCGUUUUCCGCACCAUGAUCCAUCGCCCAUCGUCCCGAAACGCCCAGUUCCCGACGCUAUGGAAUCCACCGUCGAAAUCCACCACGUUUCCAUCGACUCGCCGCUAACCGCUAUAUCCUCUAUCGGAAACACGCCGACGCUCGAAUCGGCCCUAACCACCACGGCGACCACCUCGUCGGAUAGCUUGCGUGUCGAGACGAACAACCAGCAAAGCAUUUACAACGUCGCCUUGCUAGACCGAUGCACGGGUCUCGUCACUCGUAACGAUCCCAUCUGCGACAGACAACGCUAUGCCUCUACCACUUGGUUCUCUCUAGUUCGUCGACGAUGUUCCAGCAUUCGCGAUUGGCUGCCAAGGAUGUGUUCCUGCCUGGACACCGACGACACGCAGUUUCUCGGUCCAUCCACGUGCAGUAGGUAUCAACGACUCAGUCCCAGGAGGAAUCUGUUCGAGUUCGCCUACCGUUCGAUGAACAGAAAUCGUACGGCGAAAAGAUUCGCGCGACCGGACGAAAGCGAGAAAGACAAGAAACAGACGGAGGAAUUACGUUUUUACUGCGACGACGACGUUUGCUACGACGUGAUCGUCGAGCACGAACUCCGUGCCAUCGACUUGUGCAAAGUUCUGAAAGCGAAAAGAAGUAUGGUGGGAACCAACUGGUCGAUCGUGGAGACAUGGCCAGAGCUAGGAAUAGAGCGCGUGUUGGAGGACCACGAGGACGUUUUGGCUGUGCACAAGGAGAUGAAAACGUUUUCCGCGGAGCGCGCACGGAAAUUUAUCUUUCGCGAGGAUUGCCUCAAGUACAAGUUCUUCCACGAUCCGGAGCUCUUCCUUUCCACCGAGAUGAUUGACGUUCCCACCGUUUUCGCCGAAGACUGGCACGCCUUGGACAAAACGAAAGCGGCAUUACGAAACUAUCUGGAGAACGAAGAGAUUACGGAAUGUCCAGAGAUAUUCGGUUUAGCGUGGAUACAGGACAGACGCUUGAACAUUUGGAGGCAGAUCUGUUUGCGUCUUCGAGAUCAAGAGCUCUACCAGGCGAAAAAAAUAAGCGAACGAGCGUUUCGGUUCGUCCACUUGUCGGAUUACGCGAUCUACAAGAUCACGAACGCCAGGAAGAUAUACAGUGCGCCCUUCCCCUGGGGUAUCUGUCUCAGGUCAACCAGCACCGCCCGUAAAUCUAAAACCACCGCGGAGCGUGGAGAAGCCGGACUCAAGGUCAUCGUUUUUCACAGUGAAAAAUCUCGCACCUGUUGGCUAAUGGCCAUGAGGCUCGCCAAGUACGGCAAGCAACUCAGGGAAAACUACAGAGCAUUCAAGAACAAACAGUGCGAGCAAACCGACGGCCCGAAGGAUCGAUACGUCAACUACAACGUAUCCAAUGAAUCGGUGCGAUCUCGCGUGGCCAUGGAUUUCACGGGCAGUGUUGGAAGAAUCGUGGACGACCCGAAGGAAGCGAAGAACAUCGCGGAAAGCGAGGGUAUGAACUGGCGACGAACCUGGAGGCCGUUCUCCAGACCGCCGCCGGGCUGCACGGUGGUGAGACUGCACGGACUCGACGACGGUAUCCACGUUUUGCAACCGUGGUUUCACAGAGGGCUGAAGAGAGAGAUCGCCGCGGCGAUCAUUAGAGACCAGGGUUCGGCGGACGGCGUGUUCCUGGUAAGGGAGAGCAAGAGCAAUUUGGGCGCUUACGUGCUCACCUACAAGUACAGCGAGAAGAUUUUUCACGCGCAAAUUCAACCCGUUUUCGACGAACGAUGCAACUGCUGGCUGUACACCCUCGACAGAGGCGUAACCCGGUUCUACGAUUUGCUGCAGCUGAUCGAAUUUUAUCAGUUGAACGCGGGCUGCUUGCCCACGCGAUUGACCCACUACGUGCAGAACGGCGUGCCGGAAGUGUUGCCGCUUCCGGUUCCGAUGACGUUGACGCAGCAGGCGGAGGAUGGCGGUGGUUCACCGGCGUCGCCGACCGAGCUCAAUCGCCGACGACUCGGUGUCGCGACCGAGAGCACGAUGACCGAAGGAACCGCGGCCGCCGCCUCGUCCUGCACCGUCAGCUACAGGAGCAUCUGAGGAUAGGAACUCCUGCGGCCCGUCAGCGUCGACAAGCGCUUGGCCGCCACCCACUGUUCGCUGGAUUACGCCUCUCGACCAAACGGAAUCGCGAACGGAUAUCGCUCCGGCGACGCGAACGUUCGAUCUGAUCGCUCGGGUUGCUGGAGUUUGUGCCUCUGCAGUUACAGCAAGUGGAAUCCGUAGCGCGAAACGCGUCGAUAACCAUCCGGCGGAAAGAGACAGCGUUCGAAGAUACGAGAAA